CGCGAGGCUGACGGAAAACCGCGUGGAUGAAGCCGCGUUUCUUGACCCAUUCCGGUUUUCCGUCGGCCUUAUAGAACGGCAUUCCCGGAGAAAGCAGAAAGAGAAAGGGGGAGAAGAAAAGGAAAGGGAUGUCUAGUUCGCCGUCUCUCUUGAUUCUGCUGAUUCUCGCGCUCUGCGCUUCGCCGCUGACGGAAUCAAUUCGGUCGUUCCCUGACAGCAUUUACCCGGGGUAUGCAGAGGCGCCGGAGUACCGGAAUGGGGAAGAUUGCCUUGCCACGGAAGCCUUCCGGAGGCCGUCCGCCUGUGAUCCUUCGCUCGUCCACAUCGCGAUGACGCUGGAUGAGGAGUAUCUCCGCGGGUCGAUCGCCGCCGUCCACUCCGUCCUGAAGCACGCCUCCUGCCCGGAGAGCGUUUAUUUCCACUUUGUCUUCUCCGGAGACGGCGAUCGCCUGAGAUCUGUCGUGCGGUCUGCUUUCCCCUCGCUGCGCUUCGAGCUUUACCGCUUCCAGCAGGAGAGGCGCGUUCGCUCCCUCAUCUCCGCCUCUGUCAGGGCUGCGCUCGAGCAACCUCUGAACUAUGCCCGGACCUACCUCGCCGACCUCCUCCCGCCUUGCGUCCGCCGCGUUGUCUACCUGGACUCGGAUCUCGUGAUCGUCGAUGACAUCGCGAAACUCUGGGAGUCGGCGACCGCCGGGAAGCCUGUGGCGGCUCCAGAAUACUGCCACGCGAACUUUACAAAGUAUUUCACCGCUAAUUUCUGGGGAGACCAAGCGACAGCCGAUAUGUUCGCCGGCCGGAGCCAGAAGCCUUGCUAUUUCAACACCGGCGUGAUGGUGAUGGAGCUCGGGGCAUGGAGAACUGGAAGGUACAGGGAGAGGAUCGAGGAGUGGAUGGAGGUGCAGAAGGAGAGAAGGAUUUAUGAGCUCGGGUCGUUGCCGCCAUUCCUAUUGGUGUUUGCCGGCGAAGUGGAGGCGCUCGACCACCGGUGGAACCAGCACGGCCUGGGGGGCGACAACGUAGUGGGGAGUUGCAGAGGGUUGCAUCCAGGGCCCGUCAGCCUUCUGCAUUGGAGCGGGAAGGGGAAACCUUGGACUAGGCUUGACGCCGGGGCGCCGUGCCCGUUAGAUACCUUGUGGAGCCCGUAUGAUCUCUAUCUGGGUGGCUGGAGGGCGAUGGCAGAGAGGGGGAUUUCGGCGGUGGAAUGAAUGAAGGUGAGCAAAUCAGAGAUGGAAAUGGUUUUAGAAUUUGUGGGCGGUUCGCAACGAGGGCAAGAUUGAGGUGUUCCUGUGAUUUCGUCUGUUGGAGGAUGAGACCUGUUCGUUGAUUAAUUGGUUGAUUCUUUGGGGAGAAAAGAGAUUGCUGUACAGAAGGGAAGAUCGCUUUUUCUUUUUACCUUUCCGAAUUCCCUCUUUUUCUUCGUCUCUAUUUGUUUGUAUUAAUUGUAGUGCAGUAGCUCCUUUCUUUUCUAAUUUGAUUCGUUUAUGUAAGAAAUCUGUAAGACUUAAUUGGUGGUGGCACGGGCAUGUAUAAUGGGUGUGGGUGCAGGAAGAGAGGAGGAACUACCUUCUUCCACCGUUUCUGGUCGGUGGUGAUGGUGGCGGUGGUUGGGGAGGAUGUGUGCGUUGGGGAGGGGGAUCAUUUGCUGGGAUGAUCCACUAGUGGGGACGUCUGUAUACAGUAAGAGAAUUGUCGAUUUGAUAGCUGGACAAAUAAGAAUCGGGGUGUCGUUCUGCUA